UCGUUUAAUAAGCUGGCGGUCCGUAAGCAAAUACACUGGUUUCUGCAGCCUUUUGGACGCCCUUUGCUUUUCGCUUUGGCUUUUAGUAGCGCGAGCGUCAGCGCGAGGUCAUGCGCGCCGCUGCUGAGCAGCUGUCAAUCACAAUCGCUCGCGAGAGAUCGCAUUGAAGAGGCUCGUUACAGUGUUUUACGCUACCACGAUACUUUCUGCGGCAUCUCACAGCAGAGACGGUCGGCUUGUCGCUGUCGCUUGGAGCGUCUCGUAGUAGUAGGUGGAGGGAAGGCGGAUCGACUGGCCAAGCCCGCCAUGCCCGGUCCGGUGAGCAGCAAAGCACGGGUGUAUGCUGAUGCCAACACUGUGAAAAGCAAGGAAUACUGGGACUACGAAGCACAUGUGCCUAGCUGGAGCAACCAGGAUGACUACCAGCUUGUACGGAAGCUCGGGAGAGGCAAAUACAGUGAAGUGUUUGAGGCCAUCAACAUCAACAGCAAUGACAGAGUAGUCGUUAAAAUCCUGAAGCCUGUUAAAAAGAAGAAGAUCAAGCGCGAGAUCAAAAUUCUGGAGAACUUAAGAGGAGGAACCAACAUUAUUCGUCUUGUAGACACAGUGAAGGAUCCUGUGUCUAGAACGCCAGCCCUCGUAUUUGAAUACAUCAAUAACACGGACUUCAAGGAUCUCUAUCAGAGACUAACAGACUUUGAUGUCCGGUUCUACUUGUAUGAGCUUCUGAAGGCGCUGGACUACUCUCAUAGCAUGGGCAUCAUGCAUCGGGAUGUCAAACCUCAUAACGUCAUGAUAGACCACCAAAUGAGAAAGUUGCGGCUAAUAGAUUGGGGUCUUGCUGAGUUCUACCAUCCCGCACAGGAAUACAAUGUAAGGGUCGCCUCGAGAUCAUAUAAGGGACCAGAACUGCUGGUUGACUAUCAGAUGUAUGACUACAGUUUGGACAUGUGGAGCUUAGGCUGCAUGCUAGCCAGUAUGAUCUUCCAGAAAGAGCCAUUUUUCCAUGGUCAAGACAACUACGACCAGUUGGUCAGAAUCGCCAAGGUUCUCGGAACAGAAGAGCUAUUCAGCUACCUGAACAAGUAUCACAUUGAGCUGGACACACGCUUCAAAGAUCUUCUCGGCCAGCAGACCCGUAAGCGCUGGGAGAACUUUGUUCAGCCGGAGAACCAGCACUUGGUGAGCCCCGAAGCUCUGGAUUUGCUGGAUAAACUUCUGCGUUAUGAUCAUCAACAGAGACUGACUGCCCAAGAGGCCAUGGAACACCCCUACUUUUAUCCUGUGCUGAAGGGACAGCCUCUGUCAAACUCAGAAGGCGCACUGGCAAUAAGCAGCUCAACCACAACAUGAUGGGCUAAAAGCAGGAAAACCUUUUUACCUCAACGUGUCGUGCAGAGACAUGCUGCCUUUCAGGUGUGAUGCUUCAGUUUACUGGAGCAAGAAGUUAUUAAGCAACACAAGACUUGUACAGAAUGAACACAACGGGCCGUAGUCCCUCUCCUACAUUCACUUUGUAUUAGUGCUGCUUGCCAUCGUUAUCUAGGUACCAAACUGGUGUUAUUCUCCCACACCCCCCUUUUUUGAGUUGGACAUCUCCAUUUUCAUUUUUGGAACAACACUGAAUUAAGCUAUGAUAUUAUGACUGGGAAAGAAUGCCUGCUCUUUCCCCAUGAUUCUCAGGCUGUUGAUGAAUGAUGGGGGGUUCCCAAUCCUGGUUGCAUUAUGUACUGGAAGAUUGUGUUGUUCAAUGACUUGCCCUGCUGAUAUGAGCUCAGAUUAUAAACUAUAGUAUUGUCAGGUAUGGAGGCUUUACUGCAAUUUAUUGAAAAUAAGAUAUAUUAAAUGAAACUGUUUUUAA